CUUAAAAUAUUACUAGGGAUUACAAGGCUAAUAUUUGAUUUUUGAAAACUCUCUUUGCAGUAACAUGUUGCUUAGCCAGUCGUUAAGUCUUGUAUAUUUAAAUUUUAUUGGCGUAAACAUUUGUUUGCAAAUAGUGAUGUGUUUGGGUAAGGGAAAAUGACUGGUCUUUGAAUCAUGUUAUUUUUUUGUAUAUCAAUUUUCCAACGAGAUCAUAUGUAUAAGUUUCAAAAAUUAAAUCUCAACCAACGUAUUUUAAUAUACACGUACGGAAGUUGGCCAAUUUAUCAGGAAAUUACGCUAUUGACUGGUCAUUUUAUACAAAUUUGUUGAAUUGUCCAAAAGCCCAUAUGUAAAACAAUAAGAUCUCAUUUUCAUACUAAGUAAACCCAAUUGAGGUAAUCUCCACAGGCCGAAAUGGGAUGUACUGCUAGUAUGACAUACAAUCUCCAUCUAGUUUUAUAUACUCAUCAUACACACACAUUUAAUUAGUUUUAAUUCUUGAUAUAUAUGAUUUAUCACUCAUUAAAAAUAAAAGGUACUGCAGAGCUCCUUUGCUUCUAAGUUUCUUAGUUUCUGAAUACAUUGGGAGGUCGAUUAGUGAAACCACAAGUUUUUAAAAUGAAACCAGAAGAAGAAGUAUUAGGCUUGACGAUAGAGGUUGACAUUAGCGAAUAAGCGAUAUUUUUUAGAAGUUAUUUAUAUAUGGAUUAAGAAUAAAGCAUUCGCUUUGUUUUUUUACACUUAUUGGUGAUCAUCAUCAUUCUACGGCGUCAACACAGUCAUAAAAUAUGGUUAUAUUGGGGAAAUAAUUCUUAGUUAAAUAACCAAGCUGAGGAUAGAUUUUAUAAAUGAGUCAUAAAAUAUGGUUAUCUAGGGGAAAUAAUUCUUAGUUAAAUAACCAAGCUGAAGAUAGAUUUUAUAAAAUGCCUCAAAGAUGAGGAUAAGGAUCUUCCCAUUAAAUUUUUUAACUUGUCUUUGGAGCUUUACGAACUUUCCAUUUCCACAAUUUAUUCGUCACUUUAUGUCCAACUACUUUUUGGAAGUCGGCUAGAUGGUCCAUUAUGGGAUGGUUUUAUAUAUAACUUGUUGGCGGAAAACCGAUCUGAGUAUUGGUUUAUUUGCUCUAUAAAUAGAUAAACAGAUUUAGACGGACAAAUUAAGUGAGUUACUAUUUAAAGUAGGUUAAAUUUACCGAUUAGUAAGUUCGUUUUCGUUUCAAGAAAGCAUACAACUGAUAAAGACUUUAGCUAUAAAUGCGAAAUUGGUUUGUUUACCAAUCGGGUUGCUUAUCCUAGAUCAAAUAAAUUUAUGCAUGAGUGGUCAUGAAUCUAAGAAAAAAUAUAUGUCAAAUCAAAAUAUUUUCAAACAUCACAAUUUUUAGAACUUUUGCUUACUAUUUAAUGUUUUUGACAAAUUUGGAUUAUGGAUUAGGAGAGACAGCACAUUUCUUUUGCAAAAGCGAAUUAUGUCGUAUUAACGUGACACUAGUAAUGUAUAGCAAAGGCCCAUCAAUGGCAUAGUGACAGAUUCGUGUUAUAAUAAAUUAGCAAUUCUACCAGGUUCUCAUUUUGCCACGUACUAUAUAAUUUAUAUAAUCCACUUUGUUUAACCUCUGCUAUUUUUGCUUUAUCUUUUAUCCUCUUUUAUCCAAACGAUAUUUGAAAUACUAGGGUUACGUGAAUUGCAAAAGUGACUACAAUAGCGACUUCUAUGAAAAGAAACAUGAUAGGAUGACAAGUUUUUCAGGAGAUAAUCGAUACUUUAUUUGUCAGGGCCAUGCAAAUAACUAUUUUAGUUCUUGGGGAUAUGGACAAAUAUGCAACUUUGAAGAAAAUAUAUAUAUUUACGGGAUAUAUGUGUUAUGAGGGUUAUAUAGUGAAUCUUUGAUCUAUACAUUUUUCACUUAUCUCUCAUUUUGUUAUAGAAAAUACUGAUUAAUAAUUUAAACAACCGACUAAUCGCAGUAUUUGUAUUAUUGAUGGGAAACAGAAAGAAAUUCAAAACAACGUAUGAAUUGCUGUUUUAUUAGUGCCAACUUAUAGACCAAAUAAUAGAGAAAUAGUGCUCCACUCGUGUGAGGGCCAUUUUGGGAUUGUGCUAUCAGUUAGAAUUUAGCUGAAUGCAAAAAUAAGCAAAGGCCAAAAAGUGGUACACACGAAUGGCCACGUUUCUCACGUGCCUGAUUAAACUUUCUCACUAAAAAUAUCUCUGAAAGAAAGAGAUCCACGUUAUAACAAAAAAAGCAGAACGUAAGAAAGGAUUGUAAUAGAAGAAGAGAGAGGUAACCAAUUGUAGUAUUUGUCUAUAAAAACAAUUUUUCCUUUGACAUCAUAAGAAUCAGUAACAAACUUAGAGAAAAGGUUUAGACUUUGACAAUGGAGGAUGCAGGGGAGAAAAUUAGAGAGAUGACAAAGGAACACAGUUCAAGGUUUAAGAGCAUUUGCGUCUUUUGUGGGAGUAGCAAUGGCAAGAAAGUUAGUUAUCAAGAUGCAGCCAUUGAUUUAGGCAAAGAAUUGGUGGCGAAGAACGUUGAUCUUGUUUAUGGUGGAGGGAGCAUAGGUUUGAUGGGUUUGAUCUCUCAAGCUGUUCAUGAUGGUGGUCGUCAUGUUAUUGGAGUAAUCCCAAAGCUCCUCAUGUUGCAAGAGAUUACUGGAGAGACAAUAGGAGAAGUGCGGGAAGUUGCAGAUAUGCAUCAGAGAAAAGCUGAGAUGGCUAAGAAUUCUGAUGCUUUCAUUGCUUUACCUGGUGGCUAUGGUACACUAGAGGAGCUACUUGAAGUGAUAACUUGGGCACAACUUGGAAUCCAUGAUAAACCGGUCGGUUUAUUAAACGUUGAUGGAUAUUACAAUGCUUUGCUAUCCUUCAUCGACAAAGCGGUCGAAGAAGGAUUUAUUCUUCCAGCCGCUCGACAUAUCAUCGUAUCCGCGCCAACCGCAAAAGAGUUGUUUGAGAAAUUAGAGGAAUACGUGCCUCAUCACAACAAGUAGACACAUCAAAUUUGAGUUUCGAGACGAGUCAUAAUGAAAGUGUUGAAAAUUUGAUAUUUUUCCGAUGAUUUACGAUUGAUUAUUUAUUAUAAAAAUCAAAGUUCGGAUUGAAAUAAAGAGCAUACAUUGUAAAUAUGUUUUCUGAAUUUUGUUCACGCAAUAUCUGAAAUUUUGUAAUAUACUAUAAAGUAAAGAAAACAUACUAUAAAGUA